CUCUCAGUCUCCAGCUCGUCCCUCUCUCUCCCUCUCUCUCUCCCUCUGUCGGGCGGAGUCGCCCACCACUGCCAAUCCAGUGCUGAGGGAACCUGCUCUAGGCUGUAGCUGCAGGACCCUGACCCCCUCCAUGGCUCCCCUGGCCUUGGUGGGGUUUGCACUCCUCCUGGGGACUCCCCCAUGCUCAGGGGCGGCCACCCCGACCCCCUCCCUGCCACCUCCCCCAGCCAACGACAGCGAUGCCAGCAGCAUGGGGGGCUGCCAGGGCUCCAACCGCUGCCAGCCAGGGGUCCUGCUGCCCGUUUGGGAGCCCGAUGACCCGUCGCUGGGCGACAAAGCCGCGCGGGCCGUGGUCUACUUUGUGGCCAUGGUCUACAUGUUCCUGGGUGUAUCCAUUAUUGCCGACCGCUUCAUGGCAUCCAUCGAGGUCAUCACGUCCAAGGAGAAAGAGAUCACCAUCACUAAGUCCAACGGCGAGACCAGCGUGGGCACCGUCCGCAUCUGGAAUGAGACUGUGUCCAACCUCACACUCAUGGCCCUGGGCUCCUCGGCCCCUGAGAUCCUGCUGUCUGUUAUUGAGGUCUGCGGCCACAACUUCCAGGCGGGCGAGCUGGGCCCGGGCACCAUCGUGGGCAGCGCUGCCUUCAACAUGUUUGUGGUCAUUGCCGUGUGCAUCUACGUCAUCCCAGCUGGUGAGAGCCGCAAGAUCAAGCACCUGAGAGUCUUCUUUGUCACCGCUUCUUGGAGUAUCUUCGCCUACGUCUGGCUUUAUCUCAUCCUUGCCGUCUUUUCCCCGGGUGUGGUCCAGGUGUGGGAGGCGCUGCUGACCCUCGUCUUCUUCCCGGUGUGCGUGGUGUUCGCCUGGAUGGCCGACAAGCGGCUGCUCUUCUACAAGUACGUGUACAAGCGCUACCGCACCGACCCGCGCAGCGGCAUCAUCAUCGGCGCCGAGGGCGACCCCCCCAAGAGCAUCGAGCUGGACGGCACGUUCUUGGGCGCCGAGGCGCCGGGCGAGGUGGGCGGCCUGGGCCCGGGGCCCGCCGAGGCCCGCGAGCUGGACACCAGCCGCCGCGAGGUCAUCCAGAUCCUCAAGGACCUCAAGCAGAAGCACCCGGACAAGGACCUGGAGCAGCUGGUGGGCAUCGCCAACUACUACGCGCUGCUGCACCAGCAGAAGAGCCGCGCCUUCUACCGCAUCCAGGCCACGCGGCUAAUGACGGGCGCGGGCAACGUGCUGCGGCGACACGCGGUGGACGCUUCGCGCAGGGCCACCCUGGCCGAGGGCCCCGGCGAGGACGAGGACGACGGCGCCAGCCGCAUCUUCUUUGAGCCCAGCCUCUACCACUGCCUGGAGAACUGCGGCUCUGUGCUGCUGUCCGUCACGUGCCAAGGCGGCGAGGGCAACAGCACCUUCUACGUGGACUACCGCACGGAGGACGGCUCCGCCAAGGCCGGCUCCGACUAUGAGUACAGCGAGGGCACGCUGGUGUUCAAGCCGGGCGAGACACAGAAGGAGCUGCGUAUCGGCAUCAUCGACGACGACAUCUUCGAGGAGGACGAGCACUUCUUCGUGCGGCUGCUGAACUUACGCGUGGGCGACGCGCAGGGCAUGUUCGAGCCCGACGGCGGCGGGCGGCCCAAGGGGCGGCUGGUGGCGCCGCUGCUGGCCACCGUCACCAUCCUGGACGACGACCACGCGGGCAUCUUCUCCUUCCAGGACCGCCUGCUGCACGUGAGCGAGUGCAUGGGCACCGUGGACGUGCGCGUCGUGCGCAGCUCGGGCGCGCGCGGCACCGUGCGCCUCCCCUACCGCACAGUGGACGGGACGGCGCGCGGCGGCGGCGUGCACUACGAGGACGCGUGCGGCGAGCUCGAGUUCGGCGACGACGAGACCAUGAAAACUCUUCAGGUGAAGAUAGUUGACGAUGAGGAAUAUGAGAAAAAGGAUAAUUUCUUCAUCGAGCUGGGCCAGCCACAGUGGCUUAAGCGAGGGAUUUCAGCUCUGCUACUCAAUCAAGGGGAUGGGGACAGGAAACUGACAGCUGAGGAGGAAGAGGCUCGGAGGAUAGCAGAAAUGGGCAAGCCGGUUCUUGGGGAAAACUGUCGACUGGAGGUCAUCAUUGAGGAGUCGUAUGAUUUUAAGAACACGGUGGAUAAACUCAUCAAGAAAACGAACUUGGCUUUGGUGAUUGGGACCCAUUCGUGGAGAGAGCAGUUUUUAGAGGCAAUUACGCUGUUGUCCUCAUGGUUGCAAGAUGGCUGCUGUACAUCCAGGUGUCAAGUCCAUACUCCAGGCAGGAAGAAAGGAAGCAGGGAAGCAGGAAGGGGCAGAGUGCCUGUUGCGUUUGAGUUUCCAGGUUCUAGUUUCCAAUUGCAUUUUACUUGGGGUCGCGGCAAAAACAUUUUCUUUGUGAUGCAACAUGCAGAACCGAGAAACCUCACAAACCACUUAGUUAAGCAUUUACAAAUUCAACCAUUUAUUUCUUUAACAAGCCAAGUGGCUAAGUGAGCUAGAAAAGUGGGAAAGGGAUAUAUGACCUGAAUCCCCAAAUCCAUCAGUCUCUCGCUGCCUCCACUGCUACCAGCUGUCCUAUGCUCCCUGACAUUCCAAGGAACCAUUGGGUGGGACCAUGGAAAGUGGCUUCAUGAUUUGGUGGCUGGUCUGGCUUUUAUUUCCUGACUUGCUGUGAGCAACUGGCCAGGGGUUACAAUGUUUCUUAUCAGCAUCCUUCCAGAUGUAAUUCGCGGCACACUCAAGUGUGUUCAUUGCUUCUCAUUCAUUGCUUUCUGCUUAUCAGUUUCAGGUGAAGGUAGGAAGACAUUUCGUUUGCACUUUCCCAUUACACAAGUCACUGCAGGUCAAAAGUGGGUCAAAUUCGGUCACAAUACGUAACACAAACAGCUCUAAGGAUGAUGCAUUCUUUACAAAUCUCAGAAAACACAUCUGUAACAACAGUACCCCUAUCAGGAAAGCUAGAGCUUUCCAGAAACCCUAUGUUUAUGUCUCAUGGCCAGACUGGAUCACACGACCACUGCUGCAAGGUAUUCUGGGAAACCAAGUAUUUAGCUGAGGACCUGACUGCUGUUGGCUGCAUGGAAUUCUGGGAAAGUGAAUAUUUUUAUCUGAGGACAGUGCUGUUGCUAGCCUCAAGGGAUUCUGGGAAAGUGACUAAUGUUAGCUGGGCACAUGGUUCUCUCUAGCCUCAGGGGAUUCUGGGAAAGUGAGCACCUUUAGCUGAGCAUGUGGCUACUGUCAGCUGCAAUGAAUCAGAGGAAGUGAAUAUUUCUAGCUGCACACCUGGCUGUCAGUAGCUGUAAAGGCUUCUGGGAAAGGCAUAUCUUUAGCUAGGGACAUGGCCACCCCUAGCAGAAGGGAUCCUGGGAAACUACAUAUUUUUUAUCUGGGCACAUGGCCUCCUCUAGCUUCAAAUGAUUCUGAGAAAAUGAAUAUUUUUACCUGGGCCCAUACAUUCUCUUAGCUGCAAGGGAUUCUGGGAAAGCAAUUCGUUGGGGACUUGCUGCCUAGAAGUUGAAGGAAAGGGGGCUCUGUAGGCGAGGAAGGAGGCAUGGGCGUGUGCCCCAGCUGGG